AUGUCUUCAGAGAGAUCAGAGUUCGUGUCACCUUCAUUGCUUGUGCCAUCGUCCACUGUGGGUAGUAGGAGAGAAAGCAGCAGCUCCCGGUUAGCAACAAUAGAGGCCAGUGUGACAUCAGAACAAAGCACACUGAGAGCAUCUUUAGAAAUCUCGUUGGCAGUAUCACCCUCGUCAGUUGCGUCCUUGUCGACUUUUGUUGUUAGCAGAGAGACCAAGAGAUCGUCAUCAGCACAUUUAGUGUCCAGGGUGGCAUCAAGGCAAAGCACAGUUGGACAGUCUUUUGCAAGUUCAAUGCUGCUGUCACCAUCAUCUGUUGCAGUAUUGUCGAUUGAUGGUAUUAGCAGGGGAAGCAGCAGGCCCUUAUCACCACUAAUAGUGUCCAGUUUGGCAGCGGGUGAGAGUACAGUGAAGGCGUCUUCAGAAAGUUCAUUGCUGAAAGUACCAUCCUCGGUCGUGAAAUCGUCGUCUUUUGAUGUGAGCAGUUCAAUCAAUGUAUCCUUAUCCUCCAUAGUAGUAUCCAGUAAGACUUCAGAGCAAAGGACAGUUGAGGUGUCGUCAGAAAGGUCAGUAUUGGGAUCACCUUUAUCGGUAGCAUUUUCGUCUACUUUGAGUCUGAGCAGAGAAAGCCAGAGAUCGUCAUCUUUAAUAGUAGCCUCCAGUCUCUCCAGUCUGCCAUCAGGGCACAGCACAGUCAAACUGUCUUCAGAGAGAUCAGAGUUCGUGUCACCUUCAUUGCUUGUGCCAUCGUCCACUGUGGGUAGUAGCAGAGAAAGCAGCAGCUCCCUGUUUGCAACAAUAGAGUCUAGUGUGACAACAGAACAAAGCACACUGAGAGCAUCUUCAGAAAGCUCGUUGUCAGUAUCACCAUCGUCAGUUGUGUCCUUUUCGACACUUGUUGUUAGCAGAGAGAGCAAGAGAUCGUCAUCAGCAGUUUUAGUCUCCAGUGUGGCAUCAAAGCAAAGCACAGUUGCACAGUCAUUUGGUAGUUCAUUGCUGCUGUUACCAUCAUCGGUUGCAGUAUUGUCGACUGAUGGUAUUAGCAGGGAAAGCAGCAGGUCAUUAUUACCACUAAUAGUGUCCAGUUUGGCAUCGGAUGAGAGUACCGUGAAGGUGUCUUCAGAGAUCUCAUUGCUGGAAGUACCAUCCUCACAAAUGAAAUCGUCGACUUUUGAUACUAAAACUGCUGAUGACGAUUUCUUGCUCUCUCUGCUAAGAAAAGAAGUCGAUAAGGACACAACUGACGAUGGUGAUACUGGCAACAAGCUUUCUGAAGAUGCUCUCAGUGUGCUUUGUUCUGCUGUCACACUAGACUCUAUUGUUGCAAACAGGGAGCUGCUGCUUUCUCUGCUACUACCCACAGUGGACGAUGGCACAAACAAUGAAGGUGACACGAACUCUGAUCUCUCUGAAGACAGUUUGACUGUGCUGUGCUCUGAUGGCAGACUGGACAGACUGGAAACUACUAUUGAAGAUGUCGAUCUCUGGCUUUCUCUGCUCAAACUCAAAGUAGGCAAAAAUGCUACCGAUAAAGGUGAUCCCAACACUGACCUUUCUGAUGACACCUCAACUGUCCUUUGCUCCGAAGUGUUACUGGAUUCCACUAUGGAGGAUGGAGAUACACUGAUUGAACUGCUCACAUCAAACGUCGACGAUUUCAUUACCGAGGAUGGCCCUUCCAGCAAUGACUUCUCUGAAGACGCCUUCACUGUACUCUCAUCCGAUGCCAAACUGGACACUAUUACUGACUGUCCAACUGUGCUUUGCUUUGAUGCCACACUGGAGACUAAAACUGCUGAUGACGAUCUCUUGCUCUCUCUGCUAACAACAAAAGUCGACAAGGACGCAACUGACGAUAGUGAUACUGGCAACAAGCUUUCGAAAGAUGCUCUCAGGGUGCUUUGUUCUGAUGUCACACUGGACUCUCUUGUUGCUAACAGGGAGCUGCUGCUUACUGUGCUACUACCCACAGUGAAUAAUGGCACAAGCAGUGAGGGUGACACGAACUCUGAUCUUUCUGAAGACAGUUUCACUGUGCUGUGCCCUGAUGGCAGACUGGACAGACUGGAAGCUACUAUUGAAUAUGACGAUCUCUGGCCUUCUCUGCUCACACUCAAACUAGGCGAAAAUGCUACCGAUGAAGGUGAUCCUAACACUGACCUUUCUGAUGAAACCUCCACCGUCCUUUCCUCCGAUGUCUUACUGGAUACCACUAUGGAGGAUGGGGAUACACUGAUUGGACUGCUUACAUCAAAAGUCAACGAUUUCACUAACGAGGAUGGCCCCUCCAGCAGGCACAGCACAGUGAAACUGUCUUCAGAGAGAUCAGAGUUCGUGUCACCCUCACUGCUUGUGCCAUCGUCCACCAUGGGUAGUAUCACAGUAAGCAGCAGCUCCCUGUUAGCAACAAGAGAGUCCAGUGUGACAUCAGUAGAAAGCACAGUGAGAGCAUCUUUAGAAAGCUCGUUGCCAGUAUCCCCAUUGUCAGUUGCGUCCUUGUCGACUUUUUUUGUUAGCAGAGAGAGCAAGAGAUCUUCAUCAGCAGUUUUAGUCUUCAGUGUGGCAUCAAAGCAAAGCACAGUUGGACAGUCUUUUCCAAGUUCAUUGCUGUUGUCACCAUCAUCGGCUGCAAUAUUGUCGACGGAUGGUAUUAGCAGGGAAAGCAGCAGAUCGCUAUCACCAGUAAUAGUGUCCGGUUUGGCAUCGGAUGAGAAUACAGUAAAGACGUCUUCAGAGAAGUCAUUGCUGGAAGGGCCAUCCUCGAUAGUGAAAUCGUCAACUUUUUAUGUGAAUAGUGCAAUCAGUGUAUCCCCAUCCUCCAUAGUGAUAUCCAGUAAGAUUUCGGAGGAAAGUACAGUUGAUGUGUCAUCAGAAAGGUCAGUGUUGGGAUCACCUUCAUCGGUAGCAUUUUCGCCUACUUUGAGUGUGAGCAGAGAAAGGCAGAGAUUGUCAUCUUCAAUAGUAGCUUCCAGUCUGUCCAGUCUGCCAUCAGAGCACAGCACAGUCAAACUGUCUUCAGAGAGAUCAGAAUUCGUGUCACCUUCAUUGCUCUUGUCACUGUCCACUGUAGUUAAUAGAAAAGAAAGCAGCAGCUUCCUGUUAGCAACAAUAGACAGUAAGACAUCAGAACAAAGCACACUCAGAGCAUCUUUAGAAAGCUCGUUGCCGGUAUCACCAUCGUCAGUUACGUCCUUGUCGACUUUUGUUUUUAGCACAGAGAGGAAGAGAUUGUCAUCAGCAGUUUUAGUCUCCACUGUGGCAUCCAAGCACAGCACAGUUGCACAGUCUUUUGCAAGUUCAUUGCUGCUGUCACCAUCAUCGGUUGCAGUAUUGUCGACUGAUGGUAUUAGCAGGGAAAGCAGCAGAUCGUUAUCGCCAGUAAUAGAGUCCAGUUUGGCAUCGGAUGAGAGUACAGUGAAGGCGUCUUCAGAGAGGUCAUUGCUGGAAGCGCCAUCCUCGGUCCUGAAAUUGUCGACUUUUGAUGUGAGCAGUGCAAUCAGUGUAUCCCCAUCUUCUAUAGUGGAAUUCAGUAAGACUUCAAAGCAAAGGACAGUCGAGGUGUCAUCAGAAAGGUCAGUGUUGGGAUCACCUUCAUCGCUAGCAUUUUCGCCUACUGUGGGUGUGAGCAGACAGAAGCAGAGAUCGUCAUCUUCACUAGUAGCUUCCAGUCUGUCCAGUCUGCCAUCAGGGCACAGCACGGUGAAUCUGUCUUCAGAGAGAUCAGAGUUCGUGUCACCUUCAUUUCUUGUGCCAUCAUCCAGUGUGGUUAGUGCCAGAGAAAGUAGCAGCUCCCAGUUAGCAAGAAAAAAGUCCAGUGUGACAUCAGAACAAAGCACAUUGAGAGCAUCUUUAGAAAGCUCAUUGCCAGGAUCACCAUCCUCAGUUGCGUCCUUGUCGACUUUUGUUGUUAACAGAGAGAGCAAGAGAUCGUCAUCAGCAGUUUUAGUCUCUAGUGUGGCAUCAAAGCAAAGCUCAGCUGGACAGUCUUUUGUAAGUUUAAUCCUGCUGUCACCAUCAUCGGUUGCAGUAUUGUCGACUGAUGGUAUUAGCAGGGAAAGCAGCAGAUUGCUAUCACCAGUAAUAGUGUCUAGUCUGGCAUCGGAUGAGAGUACAGUGGAGGCGUCUUCAGAGAGGUCAUUGCUGGAAGCACCAUCGUCGGUAGUGAUAUCGUCGACGUUUGAUGUGAGCAGUGCAGUCAGUGUAUCCCCAGCCUCCGUAGUGGUAUCCAGUAAGACUUCAGAGGAAAGGACAGUUGAGGUGUCAUCAGAAAGAUCAGUGUUGAGAUCACAUUCAUCGGUAGUAUUUUCGCCUACUUUCAAUGUGAGCAGAGAAAGCCAGAGAUCGUCAUCUUCAACAGUGGCUUCCAGUGUCUUCAGUCUGCCGUCAGUGCACAGCGCAGUCAAAGUGUCUUCAGAGAGAUCAGAGUUCGUGUCACCUUCACUGCUUGUGCCAUCGUCCACUGUGGGUAGUAGCAGAGAAAGCAGCAGCUCCCUGUUAGGAACAGUAGAGUCCAGUGUGACAUCAGAAAAAAGCGCACCGAGAUCAUCUUUACAAAGCUCGUUGCCAGUAUCACCAUCGUCAGUUGCGUCCUUGUCGACUUUUGUUGUUAGCAGAGAGAGCAAGAGAUCGUCAUCAGCAGUUUUAGUCUCUAGUGUGGCAUCAAAGCAAAGCUCAGCUGGACAGUCUUUUGUAAGUUUAAUCCUGCUGUCACCAUCAUCGGUUGCAGUAUUGUCGUCCGAUGGUAUUAGCAAGGAAAGCAGCAGAUUAUUAUCACCAGUAAUAGUGUCCAGUUUGGGAUCGGAUGAGGGUAUAGUGAAGGCGUCUUCAGAGAGGUCAUUGCUGGAAACGCCAUCCUUGGCAGUGAAAUCGUCGACUUUUGAUGUGAGCAGUGCGAUCAGUGUAUUCCUAUCCUCCAUAGUGGUAUCCAGUAAGACAUCGGAGCAAAGGACAGUUGAGGUGUCAUCAGAAAGGUCAGUGUUGGGAUCUCCUUCAUCGCUAAAAUUUUUGCCUACUUUAAGUGUGAGCAGAGAAAGCCAGAGAUCGUCAUCUUCAAUAGUAGCCUCCAAUCUGUCCAGUCUUCCAUCAGGGUACAGCACAGCUAAAUUCUCUUCAGAGAGAUCAGAGUUCGUGUCACCUUCACUGCUUGCGCCAUCGUCGACUGUGGGUAGUAGUAGAGAAAGCAGCAGCUCUUUGUUAGCAACAAUCGAGUCUAGUGUGACAUCAGAAAAAAGCACACUGAGAUUAUCUUUAGAAAGCUCGUUGCCAGUAUCACCAUCGUCAGUUGCGUCAUUGUCGACUUUUGUUGUUAGCACAGAGAAAUCGUCAUUGGCAGUUUUAGUCUCCAGUUUGAUAUCAAAGGAAAGCACAGUUGGACAGUCUUUAGCAAGGUCAUUGCUGUUGUCACCAUCAUCGGUUGCAGCAUUGUUGACUGAUGGUAUUAGCAAGGAAAGCAGGAAAUCGUUAUCACCAGUAAUAGUGUCUAGUUUGGCAUCGGAUGAGAGUACAGUAAAGGCGUCUUUAGAGGGAUCAUUGCUGGAAGUGCCAUCCUCGGCAGUGAAAUUGUCGACUUUUGAUGUGAGCAGUGCAAUCAGUGUAUCCCCAUUUUCCUUAGUGGUAUCCAGUAACACUUCGGAGGAAAGGACAGUUGAGGUGUCAUCAGAAAGGUCAGUGUUAGGAUCACCCUCAUCGCUAACAUUUUCUCCUACUUUGAGUGUGAGCAGAGAAAGCCAGAGAUCGUCAUCUUCAAUAGUAGCUUCCAGUCUGUCCCGUCUGCCAUCAGAGCACAGCACAGUCAAACUGUCUUCAGAGAGAUCACAGUUCAUGUCAUCUUCAUUGCUUCUGCCAUCGCCCUUUAUGGGUAGUAGCAGACAAAGCAGCAGCUCCCUGUUAGCAACAAUAGAGUCCCGUGUGACAUCAGAAGAAAGCACACUGAGAGCAUUUUUAGAAAGCUCGCUGACAGUAUCACCAUCGUCAGUUGCGUCCUUAUCGACUUUUGUUGUGAGCAGAGAGAGCAAGAGAUCGUCAACAAUACCUUUAGUCUCCAGCGGGGCAUCGAAGCAAAGCACAGUUGAACAGUCUUUUGCAAGUUCAUUGCUGCUGUCACCAUCAUCAAUUGCAGUAUUGUCAACUGAUAGCAUUAGCAUGGAAAGCAGCAGAUCCUUAUCACCAGUAAUAGUGUCCAGUUUGGCAUCGGAUGAGAGUACAGUGAAGGCCUCUUCAGAGAGGUCAUUGCUGCAUGCGUCAUCCUCGGCAGUGAAAUCGUCGACUUUUGAUGUGAGCAGUGCAAUCAGUGUAUCCCCAUCCUCCAUAGUGGUAUCCAGUGAGACCUCGGAGCAAAGGACAGUUGAGGUGUCAUCAGAAAGGUCGGUGUUGGGAUCACCUUCAUUGCUAACAUUUUUGCCUACUUUAAGUGUGAGCAGAGAAAGUCAGAGAUCGUUAUCUUCAAUAGUAGCUUCCAGUCCUUCCAGUCGGCAAUCAGGGCACAGAACAGUCAAACUGUCUUCAGAGAGAUCAGAGUUCGUGUCACCUUCACUGCUUGUGCCAUCGUCCUCUGUGGUUAGUAGCAGAGAAAGCAGCAUCUCUCCGUUAGCAACAAUAGAUUCCAGUGUGACAUCAGAGGAAAGUACACUGAGAUCAUCUUUAGAAAGCUCAUUGCCGGUAUCACCAUCGUCAGUUAUGUCCUUGUCGACUUUUGUUGUUAGCAGAGAGAGGACGAGAUCGUCAUCAGCAGCUUUAGUCUCCAGUGUGGCAUCAAAGCAAACAAAAGUUGGACAGUCUUCUGCAAGGUCAUUGCUGCUGUCGCCACCAUCGGUUGCAGUAUUGUCGACUGAUGGUAUUAGCAGGGAAAGCAGCAGAUUGUUAUCACCGGCAGUAGUGUCCAGUUUGGCAUCUGACGAGAGUACAGCGAAGGCGUCUUCAGAGACGUCAUUGCUGGAAGGGCCAUCCUCGGUAGUAAAAUCGUCGACUUUUGAUGUGAGCAGUGCAAUCAGUGUAUCCCCAUCCUCCAUAGUUGUAUCCAGUAAGACAUUGGAGCAAAGGACAGUUGAGGUGUCAUCCGAAAGGUCAGUGUUAGUAUCACCUUUAUUGCUAACAUUUCCACCUACUUUGAGUGUGAGCAGAGAAAGACAAAGAUGGUCAUCUUCAAUAGUAGCUUCCAGUCUGUCUAGUCUGAAAUCAGAGCACAGCACAGUUGAACUGUCUUUAGAGAGAUCAGAGUUCGUGUCACCUUCAUUGCUUGUGCGAUCGUCCACUGUGGGUGUUAGUAAAGAAAGCAGGAGCUCCCUGUUAGGAACAAUAGAGUCCAGUGUGACAUCAGAACAAAGCACACUGAGAACAUCUUUAAAAAGCUCAUUGCCAGUACCACCAUCGCCAGUUGUGUCAUUGUCGACUUUUGUUGUUAGCAGAGAGAGGAAGAGAUCGUCAUCAGCAGUUAUAGUCUCCAGUGUGGCAUCAAAGCAAAGUAGAGUUGGACAGUCUUUUGAAAGUUCAUUGCUGCUGUCACCAUCAUCGGUUGCAGUAUUGUCGACUGAUGGUAUUAACAUGAAAAGCAGCAGAUCGUUAUCACCGGUAAUAGUGUCAGGUUUCCCAUCGGAUGAGAGUACAGUGAAGGCAUCUUCAGAGAAGUCAUUGCUGAAAGGGUCAUCCUUGUUAGUGAAAUCGUCGACUUUUGAUGUGAGCAGUUCAAUCAGUGUAUCCUCAUCCUCCAUGGUGGUAUCCAGUAAGACAUCGGAGCAAAGGACAAUUGAGGUGUCAUCAGAAAGGUCAGUGUUGGGAUCACCUUCAUCGCUAGCAUUUUUGUCUAUUUUUAGUGUGGGCAGAGAAAGCCAGAUAUUGUCAUCUUCAAUAAUAGCUUCCAGUCUGUCCAGUCUGCCAUCAGGGUACAGCACAGUCAAACUGUCUUCAGAGAGAUCAGAGUUCGUGUCACUUUCAUUGAUUGUGCCAUCGUCCACUCUGGGUAGUAGGAGAGAAAGAAGUAGCUCCCUGUUAGCAACUAUAGAUGCCAGUGUGGCAUCAGAAGAAAGCACACUGAGAGCAUCUUUAGAAAGCUCGUUGCCAGUAUCACCAUCGUCAGUGGCGUCCUUGUCGACUUUUUUUGUUAGCAGAGAGAGCAAGAGAUCGUCAUCAGCAGUUUUAGUUUCCAGUGUGGGAUCAAGGCAAAGCACAGUUGGACAGUCUUUUGCAAGUUCAUUGCUGCUGUCACCAUCAUCGGUUGCAGUAUUGUCGACUGAUGGUAUUAGGAAGGAAAGAAGCAGAUCGUUAUCACCAGUAAUAGUGUUUAGUUUGGCAUCAGAUGAGAGUACAGUGAAGGCGUCUUCAGAGGGGUCAUUGCUGGAAGUGCCAUCCUCGGUAGUAAAAUCGUCGACUUUUUAUGUGAGCAGUGCAAUCAGUGUAUCCCCAUCCUCCAUAGUGGUAUCCAGUGAGACUUCGGAGGAAGCGACACUUGAAGUUUUAUCCGAAAGAUCAAUGUUGGGAUCACCUUCAUCGGUAGCAUUUUCGCCUAAUUUGAGUGUGAGCAGAGAAAGCCAGAGAUUGUCAUCUUCAAUAGUAGCCUCCAGUCUUGCCAGUCUCUCACGUCUGUCCAGUCUGCCAUCAGAGCAAAGCACAGUCAAGCUGUCCUCAGAGAGAUCAGAGUUGGUGUCACCUUCAUUGCUUUUGCCAUCGUCCACUGUGGGUAAUAGGAGAGUAAGAACCAGCUCCCUGUUAGCAACAUUAGAGUCCCAUGUGAUAUCCGAAGAGAGCACAUUGAGAGCAUCUUUAGAAUAUUCGUUGCCAGUAUCACCAUCGCCAGUUGCGUCAUUGUCGACUUUUGUUGUUAGCGGAGAGAGCAAGAGAUCGUCAUCAGCAGUUUUAGUUUCCAGUGUGGCAUCAAGCAAUGACUUCUCUGAAGAUGUCUUCACUGUACUCUCAUCCGAUGGGAAACUUGACACUAUUACCGGUGAUAACGAUCUGCUGCUUUUCAUGCUAAUACCAUCAGUCGACAAUACUGCAACCGAUGAUGGUGACAGCAGCAAUGAACUUUCAAAAGACUGUCCAACUGUACUUUGCUUUGCUGCCACACUGGAGACUAAGACUGCUAAUGACGAUCUCUUGCUCUCUCUGCUAACAACAAAAGUCGACAAUGACGCAACUGGCGAAGUGGACGAUGGCAAAAGCAAUGAAGGUGACACCAACUCUGAUCUCUCUGAGGACAGCUUGACUGUGCUUUGCUCUGAUGGCAGACUGGACAGACGUGAGAGACUGGACAGACUGGAGGCUACUAUUGAAGAUGACGAUCUCUGGCUUUCUCUGCUCACACUCAAAUUAGGCGAAAAUGCUACCGACGAAGGUGAUCCCAACAUUGAUCUUUCGGAUAAAACUUCAACUGUCGAUGGCGCUUCCAGCAAUGACCCCUCUGAAGACGCCUUCACUGUACUCUCAUCCGAUGCCAAACUGGACACUAUUACUGGUGAUAACACUCUGCUGCUUUCCCUGCUAAUACUAUCACUCGACAAUACUGCAACCGAUGAUGGUGACAGCAGCAAUGAACUUGCAAAAGACUGUCCAACUGUGCUUUGCUUUGAUGUCACACUGGAGACUAAAACUGUUGAUGACAAUGUCUUGCUCUCUCUUCUAACACCAAAGGUCGACGAGGACGAAAGUGACGAUGGUGAUACUGGCAAUAAGCUUUCUAAAGAUGAUCUCAGUGUGCUUUCUUCUGAUGUCACACUAGAAUCUAUUGUUGCUAACAGAGAGCUCCUGAUUUCUCUGCUACUACCCAGAGUGGACGAUGGCACAAGCAAUGAAGGUGACACGAACUCUGAUCUCUCUGUAGACAGUUUGACUGUGCUGUGCCCUGAUGGCUGA